UGUGUGUGUGUGUGUGUGUGUUUGUGUGUGUGUGUAAAGUAAGGAUUCUCACUUUUUCACAUGCUCAUUUUCACUCCUCAUCCAUUUUUGCUCACUCACCUCUUAUAUACUUUGGACAUUUACUACUAGUGGGAUUCUUAACAUGAUGAGAAUCAUCUGAGAAUGAGAGAAUGAAAAAUGGGAUGAUGGAUGGAGAGUGUGUAUAUAAAUGUGUCUAAUUUUUUUUUUUAUCUCACGCUGCUGACAUGCAACAGGACAGGGAUCUCCGUCCGGAGGAGAUAGAAGAGCUGCGGGAGGCUUUUAAAGAGUUUGAUAGGAACAAAGGAUACAUCAGCUGUAGGGACCUGGGCGAGUGCAUGAGGACUAUGGGAUACAUGCCGACAGAGAUGGAGCUCAUCGAGCUGAGUCAGAAUAUCACUGGGGGGAAGAUCGAUUUUGAGGAAUUUGUGGAACUGAUGGGCCCUAAAAUGCUUGCAGAAACAGCAGACAUGAUUGGAAUCAAAGAAUUAAAAGAUGCCUUCAGAGAGUUCGACUCGAACGGAGAUGGGCAGAUCAGCAUUAAUGAACUGAGAGAGGCAAUGAAGAAACUGAUGGGUGAGCAGCUGAACCCGAGAGACAUUGAUGACAUCAUCCGUGAUGUGGACCUCAAUGGAGACGGACAAGUGGAUUUUGAAGAGUUUGUGAGGAUGAUGUCACGCUGACGGUUCAUCAGAGGAUCUACAUAUAUAAUUUGUUAUAUAGAGCUGGAGUAACGUAGCUACAACUGUUUUUUAUUCAAUUAAAUACUAA